AUGUUUUUCUCUUUCCUGAUGGUUCUUAUGACUUUUCCUAUUUCAUUAUGGGCUUGUAUCAAGAUUGUGCAAGAAUAUGAAAGGGCAGUAAUCUUCCGCCUGGGAAGAGUCAGGUCUGGAGCUAAAGGACCAGGGAUUUUCUGGAUACUGCCUUGCACAGAUGACUUUUGUCGACUUGACUUGAGAACAGUGUCAUUUGCAGUCCCUCCUCAAGAAGUUCUCACCAAGGAUUCAGUGACUAUCAUGGUUGAUGCUGUUGUCUUUUAUCGUAUAUUCAAUCCAAUUGUUACAGUAGUCAAAGUGGACAAUGCCAAUCAAGCAACUCAAAUGCUGGCCCAGACCACACUAAGAAAUAUGCUGGGUACUAAGAGUCUCACAGACAUUCUCAUUGACCGUGAGGAGAUGGCUGACCACAUGGGUAGAGUCUUAUAUGAAGCUACAAAGGAAUGGGGGAUUAAAGUAGAACGUGUAGAGAUAAAGGAUGUGAAAUUACCAUUAUCGCUGCAGAGAGCUAUGGCAACGGAAGCAGAAGCUGCCAGAGAAGCGAGAGCAAAGGUUGUUGCAGCAGAAGGGGAGAUGAAUGCUUCUCGGUCCCUUAAAGAAGCAGCAGUGAUCAUGUCGGAUUCUCCAGCUGCCCUCCAUCUCCGGUAUCUUCAGACCUUGUCACAGAUUGCAACAGAGCGUAAUUCCACUAUUGUGUUUCCCAUCCCUAUUGAAUUCUUUUCACUGCUAUCUCGAGCCUAG